AUGUCAAAAAGAGUCGUCGAUGAGGCCGACGGCGCUGCUGCCUACAGGAAGCGCCAAAAAGUCGUCCAUGAGGUUCCCACGGGGGAACCCAUUCACUCGAGCGAUCAGUUGCGCAGGCUGCUAGCCUUUGACCAGGAUCUGCGUCAAGCAAGGCAUGGCCUUCAAUCCUUCAAACAAUUCCUCGACCAAUUCAACUCGGACGAGGACCACCGCGAUGAGCGCCUCCAGAUACUGCAACAGUACCUCGACUCAGUCAAGCCGCGACACAUUGACGACGAGGCUGUAUACCUCAGCGAUGUGAUGGAGACCUGGUCCUUCGCAGUGCAGGUCAAUAACGACGGCGUCAUGUCGUCGGUGGCGGUGGUGUUGGCGCUCCUUCUCCAGAUCGUGUCGGGGUAUCUGCAGCUGGUCCCACACGGCCUGGGGAUGUGUCAGACGCUGAUCCAGGAGCGGCAGCUCAAGUCGCUGUCACGCAAUUUGUCGUGUGAUAAGAACAAGGGCUUUGUGAUAUCGCCGACGCUGCGUCUGCUCCGCGAGGCCGUCUGCCUGGACGGCGGGGUCUACGCGAAGCGCAUCUUCCGUGCACGCAGUUCCACCUUCGCCUCGCUGGCACGCAACCUCGAGAUCGCGGGUCCCGAGGCCCAACAGCACGAGGACGCGCGCAGGACGUCGGUGCGUACAAACGCCGUCCGCUUCCUCCUCAGCUGUCUCAAGUUCCUGCACUCGGACGGCCGCAAGGAACUCCUGUCGCAGAGGGAGCUGCUGUCCCACGUCACCUUCAUGCUCAAGACUGACCCGCCCUACGUCGUCACUGAGAUCCUCGACUCCCUCAAAACGCACGUACUCAUGGACGAGCGCAUAUCGCGCGACAUCAAGCUCAGGAGUUUCAACACCAAGACCCUGGUGCGCAUCCUCGGCCUGUACACGUACGGCACCGGCACGCCGUACUCGGAGCAGGACAGGGCCGCCGUGGCCGAAAAGGCCCACCAGUUCCUCGUCUACGUGUGCACAUCGCCCACCGCGGGCGUCCUGUACCCCUCGACGGGGCUGUACCCGAAGCCGUCAGACGACGAAUCCACGCCGGCCAGCCGUCGCCGCGGGAAGUCGUCCUCUUCCAGCGUCGCCCGCCUCGUCGAGGGUCCCCUCAUGGACGCCAAGUACGCCGAUGAGAUCCCCGUGUACAACUUCGUCCUGUCCGAGUUUGCGCAGAAGCUCAAGCCGUGGUCAAGCCUAAGGCACAACCAACUCCUGGUGGCCAUGUUCCGGGCCGCUCCCGAGCUGGUAGCCGACUACUUCCUCAACAACCGUUCGUUCACGUUUGAGCCGAAACUGUCGAUGACGUGGAUCGGAUACGCUGCCUUCCUCUUCAACACGAUGCAGAUCCCGCUGCCCGAAUCGUUCGGCGACAGCGCGCACUAUGCCUCCGGCCCACCACCCACGUCCAUUCUCCUCGACAACAUUAUCCCCCUCCCCAUCAACCAAAAGGUGCUCAGCCGGUGCUUCUCUCUCAAGUCGAACCUGACGUCCUUCUUCGCCACACGCAUCCUCAUCUCAGCGCUCGAGAAGCUCACCCAGGCAGUUGCCAUGCACCACGGCAAGGCCGGCGGCGGUGGCGGCGACGACCAAGACUCCUCUUCACUCGACCCUGCGUGGACAGACGCCAGCCGUCGCCUAGUCGAUGCCUUCUGCCAGAGGAUCCCGGACAUGAAGGACAUUGUGCAUCUAUACAAGACGGUGCCCACCGAGAACCUCCUCCACAAGACGCUGGCCAGUCGUCUCCUCCGUCUAUAUUACGAGGCCGUACCCCGCGUCGCCCUGGCCGCAAACUUUGACGUGUCCCCCCUCCUCGUGGAAGUCCUGCGCAAGCUCAGCGGCGACUCCCACUCCUCCUCCGUGACCGUCUCACCGGACGCCAAGGCCUUUGGCAUCAUGGAGCUCGAGAACCUCGUCUCCAUCGCCGGCUACUCCCCCGGCAUGCGGUGGUUCGCCAAGAUCGACAAUGACGCCUCACCCUUCACAGCGCUGCUCCGACUUCUCUGCGGCGACGACCAGAGCACCCCAUCGCGGCAGAUCCGCGCGGCACUGGAGACGGUGGCUAUGGAGAGCCAGAUCGUGUCCAAGUCUGCCGGUCUCAAGCCGGUGCUUCAGGCCCUCCGGGCAGCGCCGAGCCUCAAGUCCGUGUCCAGCAUGGCCACCGUGUGGACCUUCAUGGACAAUUGCCUCGGCCGGUGCGCCUCGUCACCCCUCAAGUACCUAGAGCUCCUGGGGACAUAUACCUCCGCCUCGUCCACAGCCUCGUCGGAUCUCAUAAACCUCCUCAACGUCGCCAUAGUAGAACAGCUCCCCUUCGCCACAAGCUCGCUAGACGAUGAGAGCAAAAAGUCGCUAGCACGCUUCCUGCCGCUGUACUUCACGGCAGCGGGGCAUGAGAACAGCAUAGUCCGCGCGCUGUACUCACAAGUGCAAACACACCUCAAGUCAGCGGGCCUCUCGGUCAAGAAUCUCGUCGAAUCAACCGACACGGAACUCCUCUCCUCCACCUCUAAUGACUUUGCCUCAUCGUCCGCUCCCAACGCCGACCCCGGCAGCAGCAGCUACAACAAGUCAUCAGCCGCCUCGGAAGCAGCAGCAGCAGCAGACCUCGAGGCGAGGCUGGGCGUCCCUCUCCCCACGGCAGACCACGACACCAACACCCUCGUGAAGUGGACCACCCGCAACGUCGAGGACCUGAUAGAAGACGGGUGGGCGUCCCGGCUGAUUUCCCUCCUGGCCUCAGAGCACGUGCACAUCCGCAAGGAGGCUCUGACCAACAUCCUCAAGAUGGCCAGCAAGGUGAAGGAGUCGUCGUACGAGGAGAGGGAGCAGAUAUGGCUCCUGCUAAGCGAGUUGGCCGAGUCUUCGCGCCCCCUCGUCGACGGUGGGACCUCGCCCGUCCCCUCCCCGCUCAUCGCCUUCGCCACGCACUCCCUCGACGUGCUGCGCAGCCCGCUCCACCCCCUGUACGCCAAGGUCAAUACCUUCCUGACGCGCAGCCCCGUCUGGCCGGCCUCCAAGGUGCCCCUCGCACACGACGUACUGCACGGCCAACCCUCCGAUGACGACAGGUACUACGCCGAGCUGACCUGGCUACUAGGUUACAUGCUCGACGGGCUGGUAACUCCCGCCGACGUCGACGUCUUUCGCCGUCAGCGCUGGUUCGAGAAGAUCCUCGCCCUCGGCGCCAACCCCUAUCUCAGGGGCAACCUGCGCACGCGCAUCCUGCGCAUCCUUUACCGCGCCACUUGCAUCCCCGGCGCUAGCACAACCCUCGUCACCAGGUUCGGCAUCGUCAGCUGGCUCCGUGCUCAGGGUGCCGAUGCCGACGGCAAUGUGUAUCGUGCCUUGAUCAGGAGGGUCUGGGAUACGUGUGAUAAGGAGAGGGUGCGUGCAUGGAGUAAAGGCGGUGUUGAGAGGAUCGUAGAUGAUCUGGAGUGA